UUAUAUAUAUUUCAGUGGAGAUAAUUAUUUGCAUGAAAUUAUUAUUUCGGAAGAAAUGUAUAUAUUUUCGGUUAAAUUUGUUAAAUAAUUUAAUUUCCGCAUAGAAAAUUUCGUUUUUGUUCGCUGCAGGAUGAAAACGUCAAAUUUAUCUGUCAAACAAACAUCUGUGACAAUUGAGACGUGUUCGCAUUCCGUCAUCCGAUCCUCAAACUUAUUUUCGCUAUAAAAACAGUUAAAAAGUGUAAACAUAUUGUUCUCCGUAUCUUUUGUUAACGUCCACUGUAUUCCAAUCCCACAUAUUUAUUAUAAUCUCGUUUUAUUUAUUUUUCCACGCCUGACAAAUGUUUUAAAAAGGUGAAAGCUAAAAGUUGUGAAAUUCAGCGUAUAGAAUGCGAUGCCAGCAAGAAGACGCUACAUCGGCUCCGAAAACGAGCCUUUCAUUGUAAUCCCUGACGAAAACACUAAAUGGCAGAGUGUCAAUGCAGUGAACGCAAGCUAUCCAAAUAACGUCGGUAAUGAUUAUUACUUAGAUGAGGAAUUCGUCCUAGAGCCGGAACCGGAACCAGUUAUGACGGGGCGCGACCGAACGGCAGAGUUUGCCAACACCAUUCAGUCACUGCAGGGCCGAAAUAUCGCCCGGGCAGUGGCUGCCAGGGAUCCCAAGAAGUCCAAAGUUAUUCAAAGUCAUACAGAGUUCAUGCUCAUUGCUAAAAAUGUGGGCAAGAAUCUAUCUAGCACUUAUUCUAAACUGGAAAAGUUAACUUUAUUGGCAAAAAGAAAAUCUCUGUUUGAUGAUCGAACAGCAGAGAUUCAGGAGUUAACUUAUAUCAUAAAAGGAGAUCUGAGUUCCUUAAAUCAACAGAUAGCUAAACUACAAGAAGUGUCCAAGCGGCAACAGCAUAGUGUAAAUGGCAAGCACUUAUUAUCACAUUCGAGCAGCGUUGUACUGACGCUGCAAUCUAAGUUGGCAACGAUGUCAACCGAUUUCAAACAAAUUCUGCAAGUGCGGACGGAGAAUUUGAAAGAACAGAAGAGUAGAAGGGAUCAAUUUUCACAUGGCAGUGUUAAUAGCAGCUUACCACCUUCUGUAACUGCACAAAAUCAAAAUAGUGUAUUACUGCAAGAACAAGACCAAGUGUCGAUAAAUUUCGACAAUACGCAAGCAUUAAUGCCCCAACAACGCAACCAAAUGCAGAUGGCGCUGAUGCACGACCAAACCGAUAAUUAUCUACACAGUCGCGCUGAAACAAUGCAAAAUAUCGAGUCGACAAUCGUCGAACUCGGCGGAAUAUUCCAACAACUCGCGCAUAUGGUAAAAGAGCAAGAAGAAAUGGUCGAUCGCAUCGAUUCCAACGUGCAAGACGCCGAAUUAAACAUAGAAGCGGCGCACACGCAAAUCCUCAAAUAUUUCCAAUCGGUUACAUCCAACCGGUGGCUAAUGAUAAAGAUAUUCGCGGUGCUGAUAUUCUUCUUUAUAUUCUUCGUCGUUUUUAUGGCUUAAGAAGUGAAUUCAACCAGAAUCCUGUUGACAAUGCAAUGACAAACAACAACAACACGUGUUAUUACGAUUAAGAAUAUAAAUAACGUCAUGGGUGAUAGAUUUUUAUAAAUAUCUCUUGUUAUCGUUUAGGGGCAAAACAAGAACAUAAUGUAUUAAAACAAUAGAUGAAACCGAGCAUUUGAAA